AUGUCUGCAAUUACAACAUCUCAAAAGAAAAUCAUCACAGCUUCAAUCCCAUUCUUGAAAGAACAUGGUGUGGAUUUAACUGCAAAUUUCUACAAAUAUAUGCUUGAAACCCAUCCAGAAGUUCGUCCUUUUUUCAACAAGUCCCAUCAAAUCACAAAGAAACAACCAAAGAUCCUUGCUUUCUCAUUAGUUAAAUAUGCUGAAAAUAUCAAUGAUUUAACUCCUUUAUUAGGCUUUGUUAGACAAAUUGUUGAAAAACAUGUUGGUUUACAAGUUACUCCAGAACAAUAUGACAUUGUUGGUUCAUGUUUAUUGAAAACUUUGAAAGAAAUGGUUGGUGAAGGUGCAACUGAUGAAUUCAUGGAAGCUUGGAAAGUUGCUUAUUAUGAUUUGGCAAACAUCUUGAUUGAUUUAGAGAAAAAAAGAUAUGCUACUGAAUUGACAACUAAGGAUGCUUGGUUAGGCUUCAAAGAUGCCACUGUAUCCAAGAUUGUUCAAGAGUCUGAUUCUGUUAAAUCUGUUUAUAUUAAGCCAAAUGAUGAGAAAUUGGCAAAUUUUUACCCAGGUCAAUACACUACAAUUAGAAUUUCCACGGAUAGUGGAGCUACUGUUCAAUCAAGAGAAUAUUCACUAAGUAAUGAAUAUCCAGAAUUACAAAAUGGUUUACAGUAUUAUAGAAUCUCUGUUAGAAGAAUCCCAGGUGGUGUUGUUUCCAAUUAUAUUCAUGAUCAAUUAAAAGUUGGUGAUGCAAUCAAGAUUAGUUCACCAUAUGGUAAAUUACUAGAACCUCAUUUCAAUGCCGUGAAGGAAUCAAAAGAUGAUUCAAAACCUGUUGUUUUCUUCAUUGGUGGUAUUGGUAUCACUCCAUCAAUUUCAUCAAUUGAAUACUUCUUGAAACAAGGUAAAAAAGUCCAAUUAUAUCUAUCAAAUUCUGAUGUAAACUCAAGACCAUUUGGUAAUUGGUUAGAGAGAUUAAUUCAAGAAUAUCCAACUUUAUUAAGUGUUGAUGAAUUCAUCUCCACAACUGCAGAUCUUGCUGGUGCCUUCACUAAUGAGAAUGUUCAAAAUAAUGACUAUUACCUAAUUGGACCAUUGGGUUACAUGGGAUUAGUGACAGAGUUCUUACAAUCCAAAGGGUUAGAUGUUGCUACCAUCAACAGUGAGCAGUAUGGACCUGUUGCUGUUUGA